ACACACACCAAGAAAUUGUUGAGCAUAAAAAUCAUUACGGACAAAAUGUUUAGUUAAUUAAAGAAAAGACAAGCUCACUCAAAAAUAAAAAUCAUCACACACACCACAUGCAAAUAAAGGAUGAUUUGCAUGAAUUGAGAAUUGAUAGUUGAGUGAGUUUUUCAGCCAAAAAAGCAUUUGUUUUAUCAUGAAUGGUAUGUGUAAUCCGGUUAUAAAAAGCCCGCAUUGUCUUCUUUUGCAAUUAGGUUAAGAUAUGUCUUUCAUAACUAAUGCCGCAUAUAAAAUUGUGUUAUCUAAAUUAGGAAGAAUUGCGCACCUAAAAAGCAUUUCACCCAAAAAUCGCAAAUCAACUGAAGCUAAAGAGAUAAAUAAUCAGAUUGAAAAACUCGAAGAAGAAGCAGAUAGGGCGUUAGAUAGUCUGAAAACUCUGGAGCAGUUAUCUGUAACUUGUAUGAGCGAUUUACACAAAAUCUUAGAAGUAAAAACUAAUGACCAGUGGAAAGGCAACAAAAUUUCCGUUGAUCCGUACUCCGUAGAUCCUUCAUCAACAGAGUACAGUGAGAUCACAAAAAUUGCCGAAGAGCAUGACUUGAAAAUCAUGCCGUACGACAUCGACUACGAAGUUCAGCAAAACAAGAACGCUUCCAAGGGAGAUGAGGGCUCCAGCACUUACAAUAGCACAUCCUGGCCUUGACUAUCAAUGCUUUUUAAAUACGUGUUUUUAUUAUAGGUAUGCUUUUUAAAUAAGGCGGCAUGUGUGUUGUGGUACUCUUUCCUACCCCGUAGUUGUCUUUGGGAAGGUUUUAAUGAGGCCACCCCUUAUACAUGUUGUGUACUCAAAAACUGAAAAAAAGAAGAA